GUAGUAGAGUUAGUAAAUUUAUGUUGUAUUCAACAAAUCAAAAUAUGAAUUGGCACACGUACGAGUCUCACGUGGCAGCUCUCCCUCAACAAAAACACCAAGUUUCGCAUUCCUUUUAACUCUACCGGUGACAGUUGACACCACCCCCAUCUAAUAAAUACCUCCGCCUCAUUUACCAAUCCAUCUUCCUUUCUCUCUCUAGAAUGCUCUCAAAACAACAAACAAACCCUUUUUUCUCUCUCUAAAAUCCCCAUUCUGAUUCUUCUCCCAAAUGUCCGCCCCUCCGCCGCCCACAGCCAUCUCCCUCAUCACGCAAAUGCCACAGCUCCCGCCGCCAUACACCGACACGUCAUCUCCGUCGUCGUCGUCGGCAUCCACCUCGUCCGACGCAGUCUCGUCGUCUUCCAUAGUGAUAGUGAUAAUAAUCAUCGCCUCCGCCGUCAUCAUCUCCGCCUCAAUUUACCUCCUUCUCCGGCUACUCUCGAAGCGCAUCCAUCGCACCUUCUCCGCCGCCGACGACGUCGUCCUGCGCCGCGACUCCUCCAACCGCAACCCUAGCCAGCCGCAAUUCCACGCCGCCGCGCCGCACCACGCCUUGCUCGAAUCGCUCCCGCUCUUCACUUUCCGCUCGGUCACCGGAAACCUCACUGGGGGCGACUGCGCCGUGUGCCUCUCCAAGUUCGAGCCGCACGAUCAGCUCCGCCUGCUGCCUAUCUGCUGCCACGCGUUCCACGCCGACUGCAUCGACGCCUGGAUCGUCUCCAAUCAGACGUGCCCGCUCUGCCGCUCGCCAGUAACCGCUUCCGACGCCGAAUUGCUCGACAAAAUCCUCCCCAAUCCGAACCGCGGCAGUUUUCGCGACGGAAACGGCAACAGCGGCAGUUUCCGGAUUGAGAUCGGAAGCAUCAGCCGGCGCCGCGGCGGAGGCGCUCCCGAGGCGGCGGAAGGAGAUCGGCGCUCGUAUUCAAUCGGCUCCUUCGAUUACAUCGUGGAUGAUAACGGCUACGAGGUCUCGGCAGGAUCCGUCACUCAUCGCAGAGGAGCUUCCGAUUGCACGUCGGCGGACAAGGAAUCGUCCGUCGGAAUUCCGAUACCGGAUCCGCCGGGGGAAGCGCUCGCGGCGGACGUAUCCAGCGGUAGAAAUUGGCUGAGGGAUUACGUCGACAGAUUGGCGUCAGUUUCGUUCAGAAGCUCGGGGAGAUUCUUCUCAGGCAGCAGCAGGCGGAGCGAUCCUGUUGCCGGCGUCGGAGAUCUGGAGGCGAACCGCGUCGGAGAGGAGAUCAGUGAGCUGUUUCGGUGGUUUUCCGGGGUAUGAAAUGUAAAUACUUCCGAUCAUUAGGGGUAAUUUAGUAAUUCUUGUUACAUAACUAGCCACGCUCUAGAUCAGUAAAUGAUUAUGUGGUUUUUUGGAAAAAUCAGGAGGAUCCAAGUAAUUCUUUUUUUCGUUUUA